ACGGACGGAGUGGCAAGAUGGAUCAGCAGCCUUUUGUAGUUAUAACCCAAGUCCAUUGGUCCGAAUAAACUAAGCCACCUGCACGAUCGCCAGGGCGAAAUCUGAAAACAAGUAAACACCGCACUGCACCGUGUGUCCGAAUCACUACUUACUGCCUCGCGUGAGUCAACCGGCAAAUCAGACGCCGCUAUCGCUUCUCUGCCAACAAACAGUCUCGUCCCACCGCCUGGAAACCUCGCACGCAGCGAUCUUCUCUGGUCCAUCUUCUAUGAUUUUCACGAGACCCCAACUAUUAUCAACACUAGGACUUCGUCAAGCUAGCCAUUUUGUAAAGGCCAGGCAUCUGCCCGUCAGCACAUCUCUGCUUGCAGCCCGCAUUCAACUCGUAUCGCCUACCCUCAGAUACCGAAUCUCAUUCGCUACUAUGACAGCCACAAAUGGUGUAAAGGCUACAAAGCCUGUAUUGUUCUUCGACAUUGACAACUGUCUUUACCCACGAAGUUCCAAUAUCCAGGAGCUCAUGUCGGACCUUAUCGAUGAUUAUUUCGCCAAGCAUCUUAGCCUUCCCCGCCAAGAAGCUGUCCGUCUUCACAAGGAAUACUACUCAAACUAUGGACUCGCUAUAGAAGGUCUCGUCCGCCAUCACCAAAUUGAUCCUCUUGAAUACAACGCUCAGGUUGACGAUGCUCUUCCGCUUGAGAAUAUCAUCAAGCCUAAUGCAGAACUCCGCAAACUACUUGAAGAUAUUGACCGAAGCAAGGUUACCGUCUGGCUCUUUACCAACGCCUACAAGACUCAUGGACAGCGUGUUGUCAAGUUGCUCGGCAUUGAUGAUCUUUUCGACGGUCUUACAUACUGCAAUUACGCCGAAGUGCCGUUUGUUUGCAAGCCGCAACCUGACUCAUACAAGAAAGCAAUGGCAGAGGCUGGCAUCGAGAAAACAGAGGAUUGCUACUUUGUCGACGACUCAUACGCCAAUUGCAAGAAUGCCAAGGCGUACGGAUGGACUGCCGCCCACUUGGUAGAGGAGGGAAUCUCGUCGCCCAAAACCCAGGCCUCACAGUAUCAGAUCAGUCAUCUUCAAGAACUGCGCCAGGUUUACGCCCAGUUCUUCAAGUCAUCAUAGAUAUAUGUAGAUGAUAGAAUUCAAAAAUAGAACAUAGAUCUAUAAUUUGAGUCGUGCUCCUAAAUUGUACACUAGUUUGGAGGAACGAUAUAAAGAAGCUUACCAACGCCACGCUAUGCAAUUAAAAUCAACCCUGUUUUUCCGACGAAUGCAUUCAAGGUCGCCUGAUGCUGCGGAUUACUGAAUCCAACUGGGAGAGAAUACGGUCCCUCUCUUUCAGGGCUUCCUGCCUUUGCGCCUCGGCAACCUUCAGUUCUUCUUCCAAUUCCUUGACGGUUUGCUCCUGGUCCUGCUCGCUUUUGUUCAGUCCCGGAAGUAGCGAUAUUAAAACUUCGAUUUGCUGCUCCUUUAGUAUUAAGUCGCAUGACAGCUCCUCAAGACCAGCACGGAACUCGUCGUUCGGCAAAGCGUCCA